AUGCGGAGACCCCCAGACCCCCAUCCCUCACCGCAGGAGAACGCGGGAAGUUCCCGCGGUGAAAACACCGACCUCCUGGCUGACAUCGGGGGGGACCCCUUCGCCAGCCCCGCCCCAGCGCCCGCCUUCGCUGCUUUCCCCGGCCCGGCCCCACCCCGCUCUGCCUUCCCCAGUUUCAAUGCCUUUGGAACCAGCCCUGGAGCACCAGCGUUUGGGGGAGCCGUGCCUCCCUUCCACAUCCCACCCACCACCACAGGCUACACCAACCCCUUCACGGCCCCCGUGGCCCCCAGACCCUCCACCAACCCCUUCCAGAGCAACGGCCCCGGUGCUGCUUUCACCUCGCCUCCUGCCCCUGGAGGGUUCCCCAGCCCCUUCCAGGCUGAUGACGGUCCCGACCCCGGCGGCGCCGUUCGGCACCAGGCACCGGACCACCAACCCGUUCCUCUGACCGCGGCUGCGGGUGGCGGCCCAGGCAGUGCACCCCUCCAACCCCCUCCGCCGGGACCACCGUUCUAUUUUUGUUCCGAGAGAUUUAUCGUGAUAUCUAAUAUAUAUUCGAUAGAAACGGCUUCGGUCUCGGUACCUGCCUUGAGCUUCUCCAGCUGAAAUUCCCACCCCACCCCCCGCUUCACCGCUCUGCCCUCACUAAAGAUGGCGGCCCCAUUGUACCCUAUCUGCCCUCAGCCAAGAUGGCGGCCGCGGCCUCACAACUGAGGGCAUAAACAUGGCGGCGUGCCCUCAACAAAAAUGGCGCCAAAGCC